UGGCGGCGAGGACACUCUCAAGAUGGCCACAGGGCCAUGCUCAACGUGGCAGCAGGGCCACUCUCAAGAUGGCGCCUGCCGGAGGGCACAAAAUGGCGCGGCGCGGGACCUCCUCUCCUCAGAAAGUGCCUGUUCUCCCGCCUGAGGCCGACCCCGCCUGCGCGUUUGCAGCGCGAUCUCGCGCGGCGCUUUCCGGCCUGGGGACACCGGUGCUGGGGUCGGCGGCUCCGGAGGCGGACGGACGGCGUCAGGCAGCGGCGGGGCAGCCUCUGUCGCGGUCGCGGCGCGCCGCACAGACACGAGGGCCCCUGACGUAGCGCGGCGCCAUGGCGGGUGUGGGGGCGCGGCCGCGGGCCCGGGCCCGGCUCUGAGGGCGCUCCCGCCGCCUCUCUGACCCCCCAGCGCCGCUCGCUCCGCCCGUCCCGGCCUGCUCCCCCCCGGCCUGUCGCGGAGAUGGCGUCGGGGCUGCGCGCCGCCGGGUUCCCCCCCUGGAAGCGGCACAUCGCGGAGGAGCUGCGGCGGCGGGACCGGCUGCAGCGCCAGGCUUUCGAGGAGAUCAUCGCCCAGUAUAACAAGCUGCUGGAGAAGUCAGACCUUCAUGCAGUGCUGGCUGAUAAACUUCAAGCAGAAAAAUAUGACAUACAGAGCAGACAUGAGAUCAGCCCAGGACAUGAUAGCACAUGGAACGACGCUCAGCUGCAGGAACUGGCCCAGCUGAAGAUAAAGCACCAAGAGGAGCUGACUGAGCUGCACAAGAAACGUGGCGAGCUGGCUCAGUCUGUAAUCGAUUUGAACAACCAAAUGCAGCAGAAGGACAAAGAGAUGCAGAUGAAUGAAGCCAAGAUUGCAGAGUAUUUGCAAAAGAUUUCUGAACUGGAAACAGAGUGCCAGGAAUUGCGUAGCAAACUGCAAGAUCUUGAGCGAGCUAAUCAGACACUGAAAGAUGAAUAUGAUGCUCUCCAGAUCACCUUCAAUGCCUUGGAGGAGAAACUAAGGAAAACUACUGAGGACAACCAGGAGCUGGUCUCACGUUGGAUGGCAGAGAAAGCACAAGAAGCCAAUCGUUUGAAUGCAGAAAAUGAAAAGGAUUCAAGGAGACGCCAGGCCAGACUGCAGAAGGAGCUGGCAGAAGCUGCCAAAGAACCCUUGCCCGUUGAACCCAGGGAUGAUGAUAUUGAAGUGCUUGCGGAUGAAACCUCUGACACAGCUGAGGAAACCUCUCCAGUGCGAGCUGUCAGCAGGACGUCCAGUAAGCGACUCUCCCAGCCCGCUGGAGGCCUUCUGGACUCUAUCAGUAAUAUCUUUGGUCUGUCUGAGUCUCCCCUUUUGGGACAUCAGUCUUCUGAUACUGCCAGGAGGCGUUCUCUGUCCUCAUUCCCUGCACCCCAGGAUAAUGCAGAGCCACAUCCAGGUGCCAGUAAAGAAGUGAGAGUGCCCACUACUGCCAUUUGUGUCUUUGAUGCACAUGAUGGGGAGGUGAAUGCGGUGCAGUUCAGCCCUGGCUCCCGGUUACUAGCAACAGGAGGCAUGGACCGGAGGGUUAAGCUUUGGGAAGUCUUGGGAGAUAGGUGUGAGCCCAAAGGUUCCCUCUCUGGCAGUAACGCUGGGAUUACAAGCAUAGAAUUUGAUAGUGCUGGUUCUUACCUCUUAGCAGCCUCAAAUGACUUUGCCAGCAGAAUCUGGACAGUUGAUGACAAUCGAUUACGGCACACCCUUACAGGUCACAGUGGUAAAGUUCUGUCAGCCAAGUUCUUGCUGGACAAUGCACGUAUUGUUUCGGGAAGUCAUGACCGGACCCUCAAGCUCUGGGACCUCCGCAGCAAAGUUUGUAUAAAAACAGUGUUUGCAGGAUCUAGCUGCAAUGACAUCGUGUGUACUGAGCAGUGUGUAAUGAGUGGACAUUUUGAUAAGAAAAUUCGUUUCUGGGACAUCAGGACUGAAAGCAUAGUAAAAGAACUGGAGUUGCUUGGGAGAAUCACAGCUCUGGACCUGAACCCGGAGCGAACAGAGCUUCUGACCUGUUCCCGUGAUGAUCUACUCAAGAUCAUUGAUCUGCGGGUCGGUGCUGUCAAGCAGACGUUCAGUGCCCAGGGAUUCAAGUGUGGCUCUGACUGGACGAGAGUAGUGUUCAGCCCUGAUGGUAACUAUGUGGCUGCUGGCUCAGCUGAUGGGGCCCUCUACAUUUGGAAUGUGCUUACUGGGAAAUUGGAGAGGACGCUUGCAAAGCAUCACAGUUCUUCUAUCAAUGCAGUCACGUGGUCACCAGCGGGUACCCACGUGGUCAGUGUGGACAAAGGAAACAAGGCUGUGCUGUGGGCUGAGUUUUGACUGACGGAGGGUGAAAGGCUGUGUGUGGUGGUGCUGGUCCGUGGCUGCACAGCAUGGAGACCCGAGCCCACAUCCAUCCAGAGUCAGGAUAUUGCCAAGCACAUGGGCUUUGCUUUCCAGAGGGAAGUUCUAAAGCAAUGGAGAAAGGAGCCUGAGUCAGAGACUUCUCAUGGCCAUAACUGCACUGUGGUACUCGGAAUGGGAUUAGCUGUUGUAGAUGGAGAAUGCUAUUUAGUCAUGCCUUUACUUGCAGUAUCUAUGCACCACACGGAGCUGAAGAUACUAGCGGGAUUCCUCACCAGACAGCUGUGCCAAAUAUCCUGUCACACAAAUGUAUCUACAGCACUUCUGAGGUGGAAACUUUGGAAAGAAGUCAUUGUGUAUGCUGACUUAAAGCAUGUUCUGUCUCCUGUGUUCUGUUCUGGUGGCCUAGUUCGGGCAUGGGGUGAGAAGAUCCUGAAACACGUCCUAGGCAGUUUUGGAACAGCUUUUAAAGAGAGUCUCCCAUGGCUCUGACAGCUCUGCCUUUGAGUCAUCAACUCAGUUUAGAUCUGUUUUGAUCCUGGCACAGGCUCUCCAGCACUGUCCUGUGAACUCUUUGUAUCGGUUCUUGAGGCAACGGUUUGUUCUUCAGGACUUCUGCACCCUUGUGUCGAAAUGCCCUUCAACAGCUUGGGCAUCACAAAAUAGGAGUUUUUUAAUCUUUUUAUACCACAGGCAGUUUGAUUAGUGGGUGUGAGGAGAGAGCUAAGCUUGAUGAGGUUGUUCUAGAAGUUGUGCUGCACUGAUGAGGAAUGUAGUAAUCCUGUGACUUCAGUCCUGGAAUACAGAUGUUUGGUUCCCUUUUCUGUUCAUCCGUCCUGUCCUGGCGGCUGUCAGUACACAGGGGAGCAGUGGCAUCAAAUCCCAAAUCCAUAGUUUUGGUGCUGGCAAUCCCAGGCCACUUGCCCCGUUCUUGAGCACACGUGCAAUAUUCCCAUUUGCGCUGGAGCCCUCUGUGGUGCAGAGCGGUGUCUUAGCUCUGUCCCUGUUCUGGCACCCUAAACCAUGAUGUGUCUGAGUGUGAGCUACCUGGCAUAUCUUUAUCCAGCCAAACCUUUCCACAUCAUCUGGGCCUCAAGACAAGCCACCAGCGUUUUAUUGCCUUUUUAUUUGCACUUUAUUUUCUUCUUUCCCGAUAGUGUUUUACUAUGGAAGUGUGUUCUCUGGAGAGGCUGGGUUGGGGGAGCUGCUCUGACAGGCUCCCUCUAACCCAGCCUUUCGUUCAGACACUUUCUGCAGAGGGGAAUUAGAGUACAUGGGGCAAAGUUUUUAUUUAUUCAGCUGCCCAUAAGAACUUGAUUGUAAAUAAACUUGUGUUCUGCUUUUAAAACCCCA